AUGAUCUCCUGUGUUGUUUGCCUUUCCUACGUCUACAAAAUUACUCAAUUUACUUAUUGUGUUUUGUAUGUAGUCAACGGAUAUGAAUGCAACAUAUCUGUAAAUGCGGGGAUAUCGAGACGUGGUUACAUAGCUGCUCAAGCAAGAGCGAGUCCAAAUGAUGAUAGUGGAUUUGUAUUCAAGCAGUGUAAUGUAAGUGGACAAGGGAACACAUUUCUGGGAAGAGCAUGGAAAUCUUACUCUCGAGUCAUAUAUUACGACUCCUUUUUCGCGGCCAUAAUCACUCCUAAAGGACGGGAUGCUUGGGAUAUUGCAGGACAGGAGUAA